GUAAUACUAUCAAUAAAGCAGUGAUAUUUUUGCCUAUUUCAGUGAUUUUUAUUUCUUACGGUUGUUGGCAUGUACUUGUCAGAGGUGUUAAUGCACUCCUGAAAUGAUAACAUUGAACAACUGUUAUAUUAAUAUGGAAUAGGCCAUUGUUUGCACUUGAAGCCUUUUAGUUACCUAAAUAGUUUACCCAUUUGUUUGUGUUCAUUUUUUUUAAUUUAUUUUUUUUUCAUUUUUGUUGUUGACCAGACUUCCAGACCCAAGUUCUGCUAAAGCUGCAGGCACUGGAGGAAGGACAAAAAAGGAUCAUGACGGCAUUUAAUGCUAUGGGGGAGAAGCCCAAACCUUCCUCCUUGGAGUCUGCCGAUUUGUGUGAGCCUUUUAGUGAGCCGUUGAAUACUGUCGAAGACUUCAAGGUGCUAGAAGGGAGACUAAAUGAUGCUGAAUGUAAGAGUCGUAUGAUAACUUUCUUGAGUCUGAUUGGCGGCAGUAAACUAUCACAGACUGGGAGAAGGGUCAUGCAAAAGCUGAGGACCAAUCAUCUUUGGUCGAAGUUCAACAUCCUGGGAAGGAAAGGAAAGAGGUCCCUCAAGGCAACCAAGUUUUUCCCUGUCAUCGUCAGAGCCAGCAUGAAAAACCAUGAGGGAACCACUGAACCUGAGGUGGAGGAAGUGAUCGGUGACUAUUUGAAGCGUACCCCAUUUCUUCCCGGUGGGAAUAAGCACAAGAAAGUUCCAACUGUCCCUGUUCUAGAUGUCAGCAAUGAUGACAUUGAGGGCAACGAUGAUGUUGAGGAUAUGAAGGAUUAACUGAGCACUAUAUCGUUUUCCAGGCUACCGGUAUUGCCUGAUUCAGGUAUACAUACAUUCCGAUUUCAGGAUUAUAUGUAUACGGGUCUGUCCAUAAAGUUGGGGUACCUAAACGUGACAUUUUUUCGUUUAAUCAUUCUAGUUUUAAAAUGAUGACUCACACAAUUAUGCUGUUUUAUAGGAAUAUAUUUGGUGCAUCCAGGAAGCUUUUGAAGAUCACAGAUGAAUUGUUUUGUGAUAAUUUUUGAAAAAUAUUUACAAAAAUAUGGUGGUGUCCGCUCAAAAUAUGUUACAUCCACAACCACCGUUUUUUCAGAUAUACCAGCUCAUCUAUUAUAUGUUACAUAACUAAAACAUGCAUGGUUACAGUGUUUUACAUGGCUGGCUUAAUGAAGCAAAUCUUUGAACAGAAGCUUACUACCUUCCCCAAGUUUUUUAUGAAUGUUUGUUUUCGACCAAAUGUCACAGGUUGUGGAUGAACGGGACACCAUGAUAUUUCUGCAACUUUCAUCAAUAACUCUGGAAAUCAGUACACCCUCAUUGCAGUUAUUGUUGCAUUGAAUUAGAUAGAGAGCCCAUACUAAGCAGGCAAAUAUUUAUCAUCAAAAGCAUUACAUAUUUACUGUUACAUGUACAUUGCAAAAUGAGGAGUUGUGGAUGUAACACGGACACGGUGUCCUGUUACAUCCACAACGUCGUUUUUGUGUAAUUAUUCCAAAAUACAUUGUGGAACACUAGGUUUGUGAUUUUCAGAUGCUUUUUAUUUUCACACAAGAUAAUUUAGGGUAGUUAAGAAAAUUCUAACUGGACUAUAGAAAAAAUGGCUCAAAAGUACCCCAACUUUAUGGACAGACCCAUACGUUGUUUUAACAGUAUUUAGAAGGCUGUCUUUAAAUGAGUCCUUACAUGAUAUUUGUUUUUCAUUUUUUCAAAUUUUUUUGUAAUGUGUACAUGUUAAUUAAUACAUGAACUCUCAUUUGAAAAGUUGUGCAAGAGAAUUAUGGUAGUGAUAGACAUAAAGUGCAUAUUCACUUGUAGUAAAUGAUAAUUGCCACCGUAAUUGCCGAGUUACAUGAGUAAAGUACAGUCAACCUCAGCUAAGUCGAACAAAAUAAGUCCCAAUUUUCUCCCAUUCAUUCCUGUGUAAAAAUCUUUCUCUAAGUCGAAUUCCACAAGUCGAAUUUUGCAUAAGUGGACGCUUAUUUCAAGUCUAGAUUUGCAUUAAUACACGUUAUUCACAUCGCAUAAGUCGAAUUUCCUCCCUCGUACUUGUACAUCACGAAAAAUUGAAAUAAGCAUUCACUGCUUGUUGUCGUAAAAAAGGUGCAAGAGGAAACGAAUAGCUGUCUUUAUUCACACUUCAUAUCGUUACACAUGGUCCCCGCUUAUAUCCUUACCAGUCCAGCUGAUCAUGAACAUAAAUCCCUCGGCCCUGGUUAGAGCACAGGUUUUUAACUUGCGGGCGUAUCAUUCUUAUGCAUAAUACACAUACCAGCUAUCACAGCAAGCGGGCCCAAUAUGUCAUGCAUUGCACUGAAUCAACUGAACAACGUGGUUUCUGUAAUCCCACCCACAUGACCACAAACUCCAACAUGGUUUGCUGGCAAUUCACGCAUAUGCGCUUAUCAGGCCAAGCCACGCGACAAGACUUGUGUGAAUGAAGGUACCCAUGUUCUGGCUUGAACAUCUUGCAGCUAGACGCGUGUAUCCCUUGGCGGCAAAAUAUGAAACUACAAAUGAAAGCACUUCAUGAAUACAGCAAAAUGCUACUGUGGGCAGAAUUAAAUGGUCAAUUCACAACAUAAACUUACAUUGGGUAAUGACAGUACAUUACAAUCUCUA